AUGAGUGAUUUUCUACCGUCCUCGUCGGAAGGUCCUGGUAAAAGAACCUCCAUGUCUAGACGAUCGCCCUCGAUUCUGGUCACAGAUGCACGUUCUUCCCGCAAAAGGAUCAGCGCACCAUUUGCGGGUCACGCUGCGGGACUUCGCAGUGGAAAGCCAGCUAGAGGAGCUCGCAAUGGCUUAGAAGCGCUUCCAAAUGGAUCAUCUGGUCCAAGAACAACAUCUGUGCGUCGCGGAAGUGCUAGCAUGAGUUCUAGCGAUUUACUACCGGUGCGUCGCUCCAAGAACAGCCAAACCAAGCUGCGACAGCAGGGAAAAUUUAGUGAUAUCUCUAUCGACAAUAUUUUGUCUGAUGUCUCAGAUGUACCCUCUGGCCGUCGAGAGGAACGCUUAUCCUCGUCUUCGCAUGACCUUGUAACUUCUUCUGCAAGCAGAUUUUCUCGAUCUGCUAACUACACUAAAAUGAUCAAUCCACUUCCUCCCCGGACAUCCAAAACCUCCAAAAAACUUGUUCUGAUACCGGACGAAUACGACCGAAAGAAUGGCUCACAACAUCUAGAUCGACGCUGGCCCUCAAAGAAAACGAGAAACGAUUCCGACGGCUCUGUAAAUGCACGCGAUGAGCUUUCCCGCAUCACUGCGUAUAACGUUGCCGAAGGGUUCAAUCUCAAACUAGCUUCCAAAUUUUUGAGGUCAACGCACGAUGUCUCACCGAGACUUUAUGAUGAGUGUCUUUAUGUUCCUUAUUGCUUACCACUGCUACCAGGAAAAGACGGUUUCCGGCUGAAGUCGAACAUCUCCAAGAAGACCGUCGGCGGUAAAACUCUGAUAGACCGCCUAAUAGAUAAAAGUGAACAACGAGAUCAUCAUUACGAGUAUUAUUCAGGCGUAGAAACGGUUGCCGACAUGAACAACAAUUUUGAGCUGAGCGAACCUGCGGGUGCGGAAAGUGAUAGAAAUGAAACUGUCCCCACGCCAGAUCAUUUGCCUAAUCCUUCAAAUAGCAGUACGGCACUUUUCAACCCAUAUGAACCUCAGUUUUUUGCCGAAGAGAAUAUGAAUGAGGAUACUACGAGUAAAUCUAAUGAACCUACGAGUUUACAACCUUCUGUCCAGGACAUACGUUCAUUAGAUACUUACGAUGCUAGUAAACAACAACAUGCAGAGAUAUUUAUAUUCAGUUAUGGUGUCGUUGUUUUCUGGAAUUUUACAGAAAUCCAGGAGAAGAACAUAUUGGGAGACAUAGCAUUUGCUGAGUACGAUCAUCUGGUUAUUCGACCCUUAGAUGAACAGGACAUUGAAACUGAACAGUUUCACUUCGAGUAUGACAAAGAAGUCGAAAGGCCACGUAUUUUCAACGAUAUUAUUACGCUUCGAUCUGGUGAUCAUAUCAUAAAAUUGACUCUUUCUCACUCAAUUGCACAAUCCACCAAGCUAUCAAGGUUUGAAUCAAGAAUAUCUCCGAUUUUGGGUACGGUGUCGAAACUCCCUAAGAGGCUUGCGUUGUAUGGCACUCUUGGCUUGAAACGAGAGCAGCUUUUGAAGAAAUCGGGCAAACUUUUCAAGCUGCGAGUAGACGUGAAUCUCUCUUCAAGCGUAUUAGACACACCUGAAUUCUUUUGGUCUUUUGAACCCAGUUUGCACCCACUGUAUUUGGCAAUGCGGGAGUACCUCGAAAUUGAUCAAAGAGCACAGGUGCUCAAUGAUCGCUGUAAGGUCUUUUUGGAGUUUUUUGAUAUAUGCGUCGAUUCUGUGGCUGAAAGAAAUAUGGCUCGAAUUACUUGGUGGUUUAUUGCGGUAAUUUUUGUCAGCGUGCUAGUUUCCAUCGGUGAAAUUAUUGUGAGGUCAUUCAUUGUUAGGCGUCUCAAACGCCACCGCUAA